AUGAGCCGCGACGCCAUUCCCAUUCAGCACUUACUCAACCCAGACGGGAUCGUUGGCUCAUUCCCAAUUCGAGAUAAUCAAACUUCUCCAUAUCUCGAAGAGGAGGAAGGCACAGUUGUCGAGCCCGAAAAUUGUUCAGAAACGUCGCAUUGGAGCGAAGAUUAUGAUCGAAGCGAUGUCUUCGCUGGCGGCGCCAUGCCUGGUUAUGACGGUGUCAAUUUCGAUUCAUUCUUUGGAGGAUUCGAGACGCUGACCUUUGGCACCUACCCACUCAACGCCGAUCUUGGAGACUUGACCAGUACCGCAGGGUUGUUUCCUAGCUCGGCUUUAGACCUCGAGCCUCGCGCGUUUGAGAUCAGGCAAAUCCUGAUAAAUACAACGGCCAGCCUUGCCAAUCAAUAUCCCGAAAAUCAAAGCAUGAGUCCAGAGAUCUACUCCGCCAUAGAACUGAUCACGCAUGUGGAACUCGACCAUUGUAUAUCGCUUUUCUUUGGCAAUUAUUACCGACAUUGUCCAAUAUUGCAUCGUCCUUCAUUUCAACCCGCACUGGUUCCCAUACAUCUCCUUAUCGCCAUCUCUGCGUUAGGUGCGAUGUAUUCUUCCGAUCCACGCAAAGUUGCAUCCUGGAAGACCUUGUUGGACGUCAUUGAAGCCUACAUAUUUAACUGCUCAGGAUUCAGAGAGGAGUAUAUCGGGAGUAUCAACCUAGCAGAGGCUCCAGAUGAGGACACCCUCUACUAUCAGUUUCAGAUGUUUCAAGGUGCCUACCUGAUGAUUAUAGUUCAGUACUUCUCGGGGAAUCUGGCAGGCCGCCGCAGGGCGAGGAGGGAGCGUUAUAUGAGGACCCUAAAUGUAUGUGACGAGCCCAAUCUGUGA